AUGUUCGUGUUUGUGACUUUUCAAACCCGGUGGCCCAUCCUGGCUCUACAGGAUCCAGAGAGCUCCCACGAGCUCUCGGUGUGGAUGGCAAAGAACGGCCUCACACCCAUCGAUCGAGUGGCUGAGAAUCCUGCACUCAAGGUCAACGUGUUCGGAAAGGAGUUCAGUGAGAUCUUGGGGGAGGAGCAACGAAGUUCAGUCACCAACAUCGCAGGAAAUCCCCUCGGACUCGCUGCUGGAUGCGACAAGCAUGGCGAGGCGGUGAAAGGGUUCAUGAACAUGGGCUUCGGUUUCGUUGAGGUUGGAAGUGUCACCCCCCAGCCACAGCCUGGGAACGACAAGCCGCGCAUGUUCCGUCUCACUGAGGACCAAGGAGUGAUCAAUCGAUACGGAUUUAACAGCCACGGAGCAGAGGAAGUUUUUGAGAGGCUCAAGGCAAUCAGAGAGUCAGGGCAGGAACUUCGUGGUAACCUUGCCAUCAACCUCGGCAAGAACAAAACUGCGGAUGCUAUUCCCGACUACGUCUACGGAGUGAAAAAGUUCGGCGAGCUUGCUGACUUCCUCGUUGUCAACAUCUCUUCUCCCAAUACACCUGGUCUCCGACAGCUGCAAUCCCGCAAGGAACUGGAAGGGUUGAUCAGCGCAGUCAUGAAAGUACGGAAUGAGAGCUGCCCCAAGGUCCCCUUGCUGGUAAAGAUCGCUCCUGACCUCACCGAUACCGAGCUCAAGGAGAUUUGCCAAGUGGCGACCAAGAUGAAGGUGGAUGGGAUGGUUGUUACCAACACCACCAUCUCGCGCCCAGAAUCUUUGACCGGAGCCGCUAAGGAGGAGACGGGGGGGCUGAGCGGGCUUCCCCUCAAGGACAUGUCGACUGAAGUGAUCAGGAAGGUCUACAAGCUGACCGGCGGGAAGCUCCCUCUCAUUGGAGUUGGUGGAGUGGGAACUGGGCAGGAUGUAUACGACAAGAUCAGAGCUGGCGCCUCCCUCGUUGAGAUGUACUCGCGCCUAGCAUACGAGGGACCAUGGUCACCGCCCAAGAUCAAGUUGGAGCUCAGCAGACUGCUCAAGGCGGAUGGAUUUGAGAACGUCGCCGAUGCUAUCGGGGCAGAUGCAAAGAAGUGA